CGAGCAGUGGCGGCUUGGGCCUGUCAUCCAGUCACACCGAGCACCAAGACGCACCUCUUUCCACCGGACGGGCAACUGCCCAAUUCGUGCGCUACCGCAUCACCCGCUCGGCAGAGAACCUCCGGAAACAGCCCGGGAGCGGAAGGCCGACAACGACCAGCGCGGCCGCCAAUCCACCCCCCCGACAACGGAUGCAGCGGCGCUCCAUGCCACACCUCCCCCUUGGACCAUGUCGUACUAUUUCGCCAUCAUCGGGACGCAGGACAACCCCCUCUUCGAGUAUGAGUUCGGCACGUCAAAACAGGGCAACGACGGGGUGGCCCGUUUCGCCGAGGGCAGCCGCCACAUGAACCAGUUCAUCCUGCACAGCAGCCUGGACAUUGUCGAGGAGGCGCAGUGGAACACGGGUCAGAUGUACCUCAAGUGCGUCGACAAGUUCUUCAACAGCUACGUGUCGUGCUUCGUGACGGGCUCAAACGCAAAGUUCCUGCUGCUGCACCAGCCGGCGCAGCAGGCGCUGGCGGCGGGGCGCAUGUCGGCCAGCUCCAUCGCCACGAACCCGACGGGCCCCGCGACCGAGGAGGCCAUCCGCAGCUUCUUCGUCGAGGUCUACGAGAGCUGGGUCAAGGCCAUCAUGAGCCCCUUUUACAAGGUCAACAUGGAGGUCAAGAGCCCCAUCUUCAGAUCCAGGGUGGCCGCGGCCGGCAAGAAGUAUCUAUGAUGGCUCGCCGCGGGGGAUGGAUAGACGAGGGGGGUGGGGGAAGUGCUACCUGGACUUGUGACCACCUUGAAAGGACCUUUCACAUUCCAACCGGUCAGAAGGAGGGCAAACAAGAAUAGCGAGGAACACGGAUGCGAGAGGUGGGCGUCAUGGAUGAGACAUGUCAUAUACCCCAAUUGAAUACCUGUAGAUACCGAGUGUCGAGUGAUGAAAGUAGUACGUGAGAAGGCAUGGCGAUAAACGAUGUGGGAAGGACACCGAAACGUGAGUGUGUAUUCACAGAUAGCGACAGCAAGCUUGAUCAUGAAG